AUUAGAUACAGACGGUCGAUCGGUCGGUCAUUAUGUCCGUUUUUAAUUCUAACAAAUCAAACCGCUACAGUGGUGUUAAUGGCGAAUGCAAUUUUUCUUGCCUUCAAAGAUUUCUAAGAUAAACGAGUGUAAAAUUCAACUAGAUACAAAUGAAAUAAAGAAAAAAAUCUAAAAUCAACAGUGAAACGUUGAAAAUUGUCCGCUAAAAAAACGGCUCAUUUGAGAUUAAUUAACAACAGAGACACAACGAAACGACUUUAAAUCGCAAGUUUACAACAACUAAAACAAAAUGUUGAAUUUAAUAAAAAUAUGCAAAUUUAUUAUUAUUUAACACAGUGUAACAAAAAAAAGAAAAAUUCUUCAAAGUGUCAGUGUUUUGUAAACAACUUUUGAACUUUGUUUGCCGUUAAUAAUUACUUAAAGGAUUUAUUAAAAUAAAAAGAAAACUAAAAUUAUAAUAAAUAAUUUGCAAACGUUAAGAUUGUUGGCACCGUUGAGAUAUGCGGUUAUUUAUGGUGAUUGCAAUUGUUAUAUUUGCAAUGCCAAUAACUGGACUUGGUUGGGCUGAGGGCUCUAAUAUUUUACUUGAUCCAUAUUUAAUGUAAAAGACACGUCGUCUACGUGGUAAAAUGGCUGAAAUUUGCCGACACGAUUCUGCCCUGCUAAAAGAGAUCAUCAACGGCAUUAAUCUAGGCUUCCGAGAAUGUGAAUUUCAAUUUCGAAAUCGUCGCUGGAAUUGCACAACUUUACGCAAAAGCAUGAGGAAAAUCUUAAUGAGAGAUACUCGAGAAACGGGUUUUGUUAAUGCCAUUACCUCAGCGGGUGUUACUUAUGCGGUAACCAAAGCCUGUACUUUGGGCAAUUUGGUGGAAUGUUCUUGUGACAAAAGCCACUCCAGACGCAAUGGUGGUCAACCACAAAUGGUUAAUGCUGUAACGGCUGUAGCUGCCUUGGAGAAGCAACAGGCGGAAUAUGAGAGAAAUGCUUCAAGGCCGCGCAAUAAUGCUAAUAAUAGCCGUAGGGGCGGGGCAGGAGGCGGUGGCAAUAGAAGGCGAAAACUUUUGAAAAAUAUUAAAUUUCCCGAGGGCGAAUGGGAAUGGGGCGGUUGCAGUGAUAAUGUAAAUUUUGGCUUUCGUCAUUCGAGAAUAUUUUUAGAUUCUAAAUAUCGUCGUCGAAGUGAUCUGAGGACGUUGGUGAAAUUACACAAUAAUAUGGCGGGAAGAUUGGCCAUUCGAGAUUCUAUACGUUUGGAAUGUAAAUGUCAUGGCUUAUCCGGUUCAUGUACCGUCAAAACAUGCUGGUUAAAAAUGCCCUCAUUUCGUGAAGUUUCCUCGCGGCUUAGAGAAAAAUUCGAUGGUGCCUACAAAGUAGUGCUACGCAAUGAUGGCAAUAGUUUUAUGCCCGAAAGUGAAAAUGUCAAACAACCCUCAAAAUACGAUCUAGUAUAUUCAGAUGAUUCAGCCGAUUUCUGUGCACCUAACAUACGAACCGGUUCGUUAGGGACACAAGAUCGUGAGUGCAACAGCACCUCUAUGGGCGUAGAUGGUUGUGAACUUUUAUGCUGUAAUCGAGGACACAAACAUCAUAUCGUCUCCGAAUGGGUUAAUUGUAAGUGUGUAUUUAAGUGGUGCUGUGAGGUGACUUGUGAAAAAUGUCUCGAAAAACGUGAAGUCAAUACAUGUCUUUAGGAGAGAUGGGCGAAUAUACUUAAUAGUUUGUAAUGCAAAAUAAAAAUAAAAUCAAGAAGCUUUCCAUUACACGUGAUAAAUUUUAAUUAUUUAUUAACAAAACAAAUCUGUUUUAGUGAUUAAGUGAUUAAAAACGCUAUAGUAUUCAAUUUACU